AUGACUCUUUUUGAUGGCAUCUACCCCUUCUACCUGCAGCAGAGGAAGGUCUCCGUGUUCGACGUCAGCACCAUCAUAGUGAUCGUGGUCUUCCUAACGCUCACUUGCAGCUUCCUGCUCAUCAUCCCGGGCAUCCGCGGACGGGCGAGGUCAUACUGGACUCUCCGUGUUCUCCUCAGCCUUGUCGUGGGAGUGGUGAUCGUCGCGGUACAGUUCACAGGGGACUGGGAGACUGGCUGGGUGAAGGCAAACACCUCCUACAAGUCCUUCAGCCGUGCCAUGGUGAACGCGGACAUCGGGCUCCAUGUCGGUCUGGCGGGGGUGAACGUGACGCUCAUGGGAAACCCAGUGAAUCAGAUCAAUGAGACCAUCAACUACAACGAGCACUUUGCCUGGAGCUUCGAUGCAGACUACGACCAUAUCUACAGCGAAGGGCUGGAGAGGGGGCUGCCCAGCCCCAUCCUCUACGUGGCGGAGAAGUUCACCACGCAAAGCCCCUGCGGCAUGCUCAGGCAGUACCGUAUCUCCAGCCACUACGCAUCGGCCACUCUCUGGGUGGCCUUUUGCACUUGGCUCAUCUCCAACAUGCUCUUCUCCAUGCCCGUCCUAGUCUACGGUGGCUACAUGCUCCUGGUCACAGGGGCCUUCAUGAUCUUUUCGUUGCUCUCGUUCUCCACUGUGAGGAACUCCCUGAUGUGCCCGAUCCAGUUUGGGACCGCAACCCUGCGCAUAGGCUAUGGGGGAUCUUUCUGGCUCACGCUAGCGAUUGGCUUGCUCUGUUUUGUGGCUGGGAUCACUGUUGUCUCACUGCACUACUUCAACUUGGACCUACUGAAAACUUUCUUUGAUCUCCGUGAGGAAAAAGCAGAGGAGUACCAGGAAAUGACUGAAGUGUACGUCAACCCUCAUUUUGUGAACAAAGGACUGUCUCUUUCUCCACCCUCCAAACUCAACCCCAACAAGAUCUAGAAGAACGUUUUUCCCACCCCUUCCCUGGAGGUGGGCCCGAAAGGGCAGAGCACAAACGCUUCUUGAUGUCCCCUGAGACCCAUUUCCCCAUCCAACUGCCUUUGAUGAGUGUACGCGUCCACGCUGGGGUGGGUGCUUGCUGAGCAGUACCUUUGCAGCCUGUAUCUCCCUGACCGUGCCCUCUGGACAAGGGCAGGCUUUGCAGAGAGCCGUCAGGCUGCAAUCGGAGCAGCUCGCAGCUCCAGCGACUUGAGCUGCACGCUCACCUGGGAUCUCUGUCCCGGGAGAAAUGUCCUUCCUGCUCCAUGCCCUGGCACAGUGAGUCUCCGAUGGCCAGUUCCCACGCCAGACGCCGAGCUCACCGGUGAGGUUUGUCAUGGGGAGCACCCGUGACUCCAAAAGCCGGUGAUGAAACCCGCUUGUUUCUUUCCCGAGCGCGGACAUUUAGCAUAGACCUUUAGAUGUACCUAGGGAAGCCAGACACAGACCCAGACUCCAUCAGGCUGGAUGCUGCACGGGCUAGAGUAAAAAAGCUGCUCCAGAAAUAAAGACUGAGUAAACGUACGAUGGUGUUUGCUGGGUGGGGAUGUGGCGAUGUGAUUAUUUCCACGUUCAAACUUGGGCUUUAUUAGGUAAGACUUGCAGCCUAGCGUGGUCCAAAAAGAGGGCACAAGAAAGGAAGGAGAGGGAAGAAUGAAGUGACCCCCAUCCAGCUGGAGCACACUUGGGCUGGCUGGGCUCACCACGAAACGCAAGCCCCAGGCCAGGAGCCAGAGCCAGCCAAGGUGAGAAAUGAAGCGCGUCACGCUGCGUUAUUACAAAGAGAAGAUGGGCUCUGGCACCAAACCCACCGGCCUGGUGAAGUCUCCACGGGCUGGCACGAGGAGAUUGCCGUACCUGAACGCUGGAGACCCAGGC